AUGACGGGCAAGGCGAAGCCGAAGAAGCACACGGCCAAGGAGAUCGCGGCUAAGAUCGACGCGGCGACGACCAACCGCGGCGGGGGCAAGGCCGGGCAGAAGGACCGGCUCGGGCAGGAGAAGGGCGGCCACGCCAAGAUGGAGUGCCCGCUCUGCAAGGUGACGGCCCCCGACGUCAAGUCGAUGCAGAUCCACCACGAGGCGCGCCACCCCAAGCUCCCCUUCGACCCCGAGAAGAUCAACAACCUGCACGGCUCCACCGCCGCGGCUCCCGCGGCGGCGGCCGCCGUCGCCUCCACCUCUAAGCCCAAGCCCGGCGUCCGCGGCAGCCUCAAGAAGACGGGCGAUGAACAGAAAUGA